AUAUUAAUUUUAUUAAUAUAGUACAUUUUAUUUUUCUCUAUAAAUAGCUCUCUCAAUUUAUCAUUUCUCAUCAACAUUCUCACUAUCAAAAUUACUUCUUUUCUCCCUUUUCCAUCUUUACAUUUUCUUUACAUCCUAUUGGUUUCAAUUUUAUUUCUCCAUUUUUCAAAUGGCUUCUGUUGAGGUUCAAUCCACACCAGCUGAACUCGAGGUGAAAAUGGCACCAGAGGCACCAAAAAUUGAGGAAACUUCACCAGUCUCAGAAGAGAUAGUUGCACCAUCAGGGAUAGAAACCGUUAUUCCAGUUGAAGAAAAAGCAGCAGCCCCGGUGGUGGAAGAGACCGCGGCCGAAACAACACCAGCAUUAGCAGAAGAAACUGCUCUUGUUGAAGAGCAAGUUGUCCCUGUCACUGCUGCUGAAGAGGCCGUUACUGACGAGAAAACGGAGGAUUCUGGUGUAGCAGAGGAGGUAGUAGCUGAAGAAGCUGAAGCAAAAACCGAAACAGUAGCAGAAGUUGUUGAUGCCCCAGCAGCAGCAGCAGUAGCAGAAGAUGAAAAGGUUGAGGUGAAGACUGAGGCAGUAGAGGAAACAGAGGCACCAAAUGUUGAACCAGUGGCUGCAGCAGAAGUUCCAGUGGAAAAGGCUGAAGAGUAAAAUGAUGUAAUGGUUGGUGAAUAAUUUGGGGUGGGUGGCUUUGUUUAUGUGGGUGGGGGGGGGGGGGGGGGGGUUUUUUAUCAUAUUUUAAGGCUAAUAUAAUUACUAGUACUAUUUAGUAUUAUUGUCACUAGAAUGUAGGAAUAUGUUGUUAAUGCAUAUUCUUGGGUCUUUGGUCUUUGUGGUUUUGAGAGAAGAUGAUAUGAGAUAUGAUCACUUCUUUUGAAUAAUAAAAGGUUCUUUUUGCCUA